UUUGCCAUCUACAGUGAUGGUGAUUAGGCUGAUUACCCCCUCCAUUAAUUUUUUAAGUCCCUUCUCCAAGCCGUGUCAUUGAUGAUCUGUAAACAACAAAGAACCACUUGAUCGUAUAUGUAAUCCAGUGUUUCAAACAAGCCCUUCAUUCAUGGGGGACAACAUGGAACCUUUGGUGGAACGAACUAGGCUUGCAAGAACCAUUUCUCACGCACAAGACGAGUUAAAAAGCUUCAGAACAUACCUCAGAUGGAUGUGCGUUGAUCAAUCCAACAUUUGGAUGGGUUGUUUGUCUUGGUUUAUGUUCAUCGUGUUCGGUCUCCUUGUUCCUUUGGUGUCCCACUUUAUGUUAGCUUGUUCCACUUGUGAUGCUACACAUACAAGGCCUUAUGAUUGGGUGGUUCAGCUGUCGUUAAGCAGUGUCUCGGCCUUGUCUUUCGUUUGUUUGACGAGGUUCGUGAAAAAACAUGGUCUGAGGAGGUUCUUGUUCCUUGAUAAGCUUUGUGAUGAAAGUGAGACUGUUAGGAAACAAUACACUGUUCAGCUCAAUAGGUCACUGAAGAUUGUGUCAUUUUUUGUCCUGCCGUGUUUCAUAGCUGAGACUGCAUACAAAGUAUGGUGGUAUGCCUCUGGUGCUUCCCAAAUUCCUUUCUUAGGCAUUGUGUGGUUGAGUGACACAGUAGCCUGUGUCAUGGAGUUAUGUUCCUGGCUCUACCGAACCACGGUCUUCUUCCUCGUGUGUGUCCUGUUUCGCCUCAUCUGCAAUCUCCAGGUUCUCCGGCUCCACGAUUUCGCCAAAGUUUUCAAUGUCGAUUCCGAUGUGGGUUCGGUGUUGCGCGAACACCUCAGGAUCAGGCGGCAAUUGCGGAUCAUUAGCCAUAGGUAUCGAGCAUUUAUAGUAUGGUGCCUCAUCUUGGUGACUUUCAGCCAAUUCACUUCAUUGCUUAUCACUACAAAGAGUAAUUCUCGAUUGAAUAUUUACAAAGCUGGAGAACUUGCUUUGUGCUCUAUAACUCUUCUCACAGGACUCUGUAUAUUGCUUCGAAGUGCAACAAAGAUAACACACAAAGCACAAUCAGUUACAUCCCUUGCUUCAAAGUGGCAUGUUUGUGCAACACUAGAUUCCUUUGAUGAAGGCGAGACCCCGAGGACUCCGGCCAUCCAUGACCAACAAGUGUUACCACACGUGGGUGUAAAUGGUGAAUCUGAAGGUGACGAUCCGGGUGAAGAAGAAGACGAGUUGGAUAACUGCAAGCUGAUCCCAGCAUAUGCUUAUAGUACCAUUUCAUACCACAAGAGACAAGCUCUAGUGACGUAUUUUGAGAAGAAUCAAGGUGGGAUUACAGUAUAUGGGAUAGCGUUGGAUAGGAGCACACUGCACACCAUUUUUGGGAUUGAGUUAUCGUUUGUUCUAUGGAUACUUGGAAAGACCAUUGGUAUUUCUUGAUUUUCAACUAGAUCGAUUAUUGAAUCAAAUGCUUUCUUGCACAACUUUUCUAAGAUUUUGAGCUCAUGGGACAGUUUUACUUUAUGGGUUUUAUUACUAAUCCUCGUAUCUUGAUAUUUGGUAGAAGGAAAAUUAUUUGAUCUGUUUAUAAAGGAGUUUUUAGUUCCAUAUAUGAAA